AUGGCGAUCUGGCUGUACUGGGAUAAAGAGGUGCAAAAAGCAAAAAAGAGAGGAAAAAUGCCACAUUUAACAAAGGCCAUUAUUCUUUGUUACUGGAAAUCCUAUUUAGUUUUUGGAAUUUUCACAAUGAUUGAGGAAACCCUCAAAAUAAUUCAACCAAUAUUUUUGGGAAAAAUUAUUAAUUAUUUUGAAAACUAUGAUUCCUCAGAUGAGGUAGAUUUGAAUUUUGCAUAUUGCUACGCAGCUGCUCUGUCUGUGUGCACGCUUAUUCUAGCUAUAAUGCACCACUUAUACUUCUAUCAUGUACAGCGGGCUGGCAUGAAGCUGAGGGUAGCUAUGUGUCAUAUGAUUUAUCGGAAGGCACUUCGCCUCAGUAAUGUAGCUAUGGCAAAAACUACCACUGGUCAAAUAGUAAAUCUUCUGUCAAAUGACGUGAACAAAUUUGAUCAGGUAACUAUUUUCUUGCACUUCUUGUGGGCUGGACCAAUUCAAGCUGUAGCAGUAACAGUACUUCUCUGGAUGGAGAUAGGCCCAUCAUGUCUUGCAGGAAUGGCAGUUCUGAUUAUUCUUCUUCCUGUCCAGACUUGCAUUGGGAGGCUUUUUUCAUCCCUAAGAAGCAAGACAGCUGCUUUAACAGAUGUCAGGAUUAGGACCAUGAACGAAGUCAUAAGUGGUAUGAAGAUAAUAAAGAUGUAUGCUUGGGAAAAAUCAUUUGCGGAACUUGUGAAUGGUUUAAGAAGGAAGGAGAUUGCCAUGGUUAUGAAAAGCUCCUACCUUCGAGGACUGAACUUAGCCUCUUUCUUUGUGGCAAGCAAAAUAACAGUGUUCAUGACUUUCAUGGCGUAUGUACUACUUGGCAAUGUUAUCUCUGCAAGUCGGGUGUUUGUUGCGGUGUCCCUGUAUGGUGCAGUAAGACUGACAGUGACUCUGUUCUUCCCUGCGGCUGUUGAGAGAGUGUCCGAGGCAGUAGUUAGCAUACGACGAAUCAAGAACUUUCUGAUACUUGAUGAGGUCUCACACUUCAAGCCACAACUGCAUGGUAAUAAUGAGAAUGUCAUUCUUCAUGUUCAGGAUUUGACUUGCUAUUGGGAUAAGAGUUUAGAAAGCCCAGCACUUCAACAGCUUUCGUUUACUGUCAGACGAGGGGAAUUACUGGCUGUGAUUGGUCCUGUAGGAGCUGGAAAAUCUUCGCUCUUAAGUGCUGUGCUUGGUGAGCUGCCUAAAGACAAAGGUUUGAUAAACGUUACUGGAAGAAUUGCCUAUGUUUCUCAGCAGCCUUGGGUGUUUUCUGGUACAGUAAGAAGUAAUAUACUGUUUGACAAGGAAUACGAGAAAGAAAAAUAUGAAAAAGUUCUGAAAGUCUGUGCUCUUAAAAAGGACUUGGAAUUAUUAGCAAAUGGUGAUCUAACAGUAAUAGGAGAUCGUGGAGCUACGCUGAGUGGGGGACAGAAGGCCCGUGUAAAUCUGGCCAGGGCUGUGUAUCAAGAUGCAGACAUCUAUCUUUUGGAUGAUCCAUUAAGUGCAGUAGAUGCUGAAGUUGGAAGACAUUUGUUUGAAAA